AUUGUGGAGUCUAUUUCCGCACGUCAGUUUUGGCGAGCCAGGCAGGAGACUCUCUGCUCGACUACGGGAUCGACUGCGGGGCGGACUCUCCCAGGCGCGCCCCGAGCACUUUCCUCGGAGGAGCCUCCGCUACCAGCCGCUCACCGUGGGGGGCAGACAAGGACUUCCUGAAGCCGCGGACCAAACGGUAUGUUCAAGGAUAGGAGCCUGUAAGUCGUACGCGUGGCUGGGGCAGCUGGUAAAUCGCGCAGAGACGUCUGGCGUGCAGCUAAGCCGGUCUCUUACAGAAAAAAACCUUGGAGCCACGGUGGGAAGGGCCAUUCCAGGUGCUGCUCACGACGUUCACAGCCAUCAAGAUUAAGGAAUACUCGGCCUGGAUACAUCACACCCGAGUGAAGAAAGCCCCUAAAUCUCCAUGGAAAGUUACCCAAGUUCAACCAGGAAGAUUACGCUUCUCACGAUAAGUCUGAUAAUCAUUUUUCCUUUAAUGUAUAGUCAAAGGUUCAGUGAAUGGCCAUGGUCCCAGGCCCACAUUGGGUAUACUGGAAGUAUGGGGAUAGGCAGCACACACACGACUCUAAAUUUGGCUACUACAGUUAUACAGGGGAUAAAUGUGAGCUCAAAAGAAGAAUGGAAUCACACCUAUCAAGGAGUACAACAAUUGCAGGGAACAUUGGGACAAGAAAUUAAAAUAGGAUGCAGAGCAAUUAAUGAGUCUACUCACUGGGCAGCAAAACAGAUCACAGUAAGAACACGUAUGGAAUCUGGGGAACCGGGCGCCCUUUUAGCAAACCAAAUCUGUGAUACAACAAAAUCAGAUUGUUGGUAUAACUCUACUCUUAACCAAUCAAUUUCCGUAGUAUGUCUCUGGGUCAAGGGGCAGCCGAUAUUGGGAUUAUCCUUCAGAUUUCAUAUAAUAAUAAACAACGCCACAACAACACCAACAACUGAAAAGACAACCAGCACAACAACAACAGCACCAAACACAACUCAAACAACUCAACCCCAAACAAAACCAGGGCCUAAGAUUUAUGAAGUUGGCCCAUAUAUGAUUAGGAAUGUGGGCCAACAACAAUUAUUAUUUAACCCAGAUUGGUCUCUUAAGCGUGUUGAAUUGAUAAUACAGACUAAUAUCUCCGAAAUCCAACCAGCCUGUCUUCCUUUCGUAGAAACAUCUUUCAAGGGCUGGACGAGAUGGACACAAAAACAAAUGCACCUUGAAAGCAGAACAAAAAGAGAUUUAACUGGAGUAUUAGGAACGGGGUUGGGAGUCUUGAAUAGAAUCGAUUCAGAAGUAUUAAUGAACAAGUUGGUCACUGCAACAAGUGAUUUAACAAGGCUAAAGCAGCCUCUGCAGUCAUCUUUGUUGGCAUUGGGAACUAGUCAGUGGCAAGUUUCAAAAAUAUUGCCAAUAUGGGAAAAGAAUGAGGACCAAGAUCACAGAUUAAUACUAGAUGCACUUAAUAUGGCCCAGAAUAAUGUGUCUUUAGCUUUUAGUUGUAUACAGGCACAGUUAUGGCUGCAGGCAACCGCUGCCUUGAUCAUAAGGGAAGGGAAUGAAGGAAUUUUUCCAGUUGAAAUCCGAAAGGCUGUUUGGGACGAAGCUACCAAUUUUGAAAGAAGAUUCCAAUCUUGGUGGACUAUGGUGAAUUUUACCUAUGACUCCACUACUAACAUGGCUACUGCCUUUGUGCUCACCAUACGUAAUGCUACAGUUUAUGUAAUCCAUCCCAUCAUCGCAUUAGGGUUAAACCAUGAGGAUACAGUGCUCUAUCCUUCAGAACACAGAGCAUGGGCCCGGAAGGAGAAUGAGAAAUGGCAGACUGUAAACGUGGAAUCUUGUAUUACUCGAGAACAACAGGGGUUCAUCUGUGAAAGUAAUACAAUUGACACCAGAGACAUAUGCCUUGACACUGAGCAAAGUAUCUGUCACUUCGAAAUUCACCCAGAUAAUAGUAAGAAAACUGUGAUUAUAUAUGCUGGUCAAGGCUGUAUAUGUUUAAGAACCGCUUGUGUAUUCGUAGAGAUAGAUCCUGACAAUGUAACUUUGUUUACUGGGAAUCAUUCUAAUUUUUGUAUUUGUAACUUUGUUAAGAUUACUGGGUGUGACUUUGUAUAUUGGGCACCAGUGGUUUCCCACCAGUUGAUAAAAUCUAAAAUCAUAAAUUAUCUCGAAUUAUCACCUACACCUAUUGGAAUGAACCUUACAUUAGUAAGGCAAUUGAUUAAACAUCAAGAUUUGUUAGGGAUCUUGAGAGAAAUUCAGAGAAACGGAGAGAAAACUUUAGUUACUAUACACCAUGAUACAAAAGAAAUAAACAGGGUUUUGCAAAGAACAAAACAAGAUGCAAGUCACAACUGGUGGGAUACUCUUUUCGGUUGGUCGCCUUCUGCAACAGGGAUUCUUAACAUUAUGAUACACCCCAUUGUGAUUCUACUAGGUAGUUUAGGAAUUUUAUUAGUACUAACCAUCAUUUUGUAUUUAUGGGUCUGGAGAAUGUUUAAAAGAAUAACAGCGAUGCAUGAGGCUUUAUAUUAUUUGGGGGAUUGCUGAAGUAAAAGAAUUUACUCAGUAUAAUAAGAAAAGGGGGGAUUGAUACAGGGCCAAAAUAGGAACAGGGGAUGUAAGGGUUAACAUGAGAAUAGCAAGAAGGGGAUAAUAGCAAGAAGGGGAUAACAAAAGAAAAUAGUUCAAGGGAAAUAGUUUAGAUAACGGUUAACUGUCUGCUUAGUGAGCAGACAGUUUAUAAAACACGGUGAGCUCUCUAGGCUUUAUCAGUACCAAGCCAGUUGGAACUAGACCCACGGUUUGGACAACAGCCAGUAAGAGACUGAGUCUGCGCAAAACCUGGGGUCACAGAGCGGACAGGAGGAA